AUACGGAAGGAAAUUUGGUCCUCUCUGGGCCCGAACUUUUUUUGCAGCUGCUGACAGGUGAGGCCGAGCGCGAGGAACAUCGUAGACUGGGCGCUGCGCUCGUCGAAAGCUUGGCCUGCCUCCGUCAGGCCGCUCGACUCGCCAGUUUGACUGGCCUACAGGCUCGCUGUAGCGACGUGUACGGCCUGCUUGUCGACGUGGCCGAGGCUGCCGUGGUCGCAGCCGUGGCCGCUGAAGCGGCUCAGCCUCAGAAGACGACUGAGACGGCCGGUUUGGCCGGCGGUGCUUGGCUUUCGGGCGGCAGCGCGGCCCGCUUGCACACCAGUCAAGCUCUGAGUUUGGAGACGGUGCUGGCGAACGGACUGGAGAUGGUUUGUCAAGCGCCCGAGUGCUGGACCCAUGUGUUCCGGGCAUGUCGACAUGUGGCUUGGCUGGAGCACAUGCAGUUUGUGGGUUCUGGCACUACUACAAAGGAUUCCGACAGGCAAGUUAUCCUCCUCCUCCUCCUCCUCCUCCUCCUC